CGAGCCUCUCCACGUCCUCUGCAGUUAUUCUGUUGCAGCUACGUACAGUGCUGUUCCCUCCCUCCCUCUUCAUAUUUGUGUAUCUAUAGUCGCGGUCGCUUCACUCUCUUAACAGUUCAUAGCUUUCUCUCUAAAGCAAGAACGAAGAAUAGAGCCCUAGAGAGAGAAAAAUCAUCUUUCGCUUACUUGCACUUUCUAGUUUCAUUUUCUAGUUCGCCAAACAGGGACUGUGAGUGAUAUAGAGAGAGGCGAAGUCUUGAUCAGAGUGUUAGGGAGGGAAGGAAUGGCUUCGAGUCCGAAGAACGUUGGAAUUCUCGCUAUGGAGAUCUAUUUUCCCCGAACUUGUGUUCAGCAGGAAGCUUUGGAGGCUCAUGAUGGUGCCAGCAAAGGAAAAUACACUAUUGGGCUUGGACAAGAUUGCACGGCAUUUUGUACAGAGGUGGAAGAUGUCAUCUCUAUGAGUUUGACUGCUGUUGCUUCCCUCCUUGAGAAAUAUGAGAUUGAUCCAAAGCAAAUUGGACGGCUGGAAGUUGGCAGUGAAACUGUGAUAGACAAAAGCAAGUCCAUUAAGACCUUCCUAAUGCAAAUUUUUGAGGAAUCUGGUAAUACUGACAUUGAAGGAGUGGAUUCAACAAAUGCAUGCUAUGGUGGGACUGCAGCUUUAUUCAAUUGUAUAAAUUGGGUGGAGAGUAGUUCAUGGGAUGGGCGUCAUGGACUUGUUGUGUGCACCGACAAUGCUGUCUAUGCAGAAGGUCCAGCCCGACCAACUGGAGGAGCAGCUGCCAUUGCCAUGCUAGUAGGACCUGGUGCACCUAUUGCUUUUGAAAGCAAAUUUAAAGGCAGUCAUAUGUCUCAUGCCUAUGACUUCUACAAGCCCAAUCUUGCGAGUGAAUACCCUAUCUUCUACCCCCCCUCCUUUAGUCUUGAAACUCAAUUACUUUUGUGUGUGUUUGUGUUUGUGGAAUUUAUCUGGUGUACACUUGUCAGGUUUACCGUUUACUGCUUUUGUCUGAUCAGCCUUGUUGAUGAGGCCGCAAGAGAAAAGCUAGCUCCAUUUUCAGCCCUAUCUAAGGAUGAGAGCUACCAGAGCCGGGAUCUUGAAACAGCAACACAGCAGGAAGCAAAGCAUCUAUAUGAUGCAAAGGUGCAACCAACAACUUUGUUACCAAAACAAGUUGGCAACAUGUACACUGCAUCUCUUUAUGCGGCAUUUGCAUCCCUUCUUCACAAUAAGAAUGAUUCACUGGCAGGUAAGCGGGUAAUAAUGUUUUCUUAUGGGAGUGGUCUAACUGCCACAAUGUUCUCAUUCCAACUUCAGAAUGGUCAACAUCCAUUCAGUUUGUUGAACAUUGCAAUGGUGAUGAAUGUCUCUGAGAAGUUGAAAUCAAGACUUGAGUUUCCUCCUGAAAAAUUUGUCAAAACAUUGAAGCUAAUGGAGCAUCGCUAUGGUGCCAAGGCCUUUGUGAUGAGCAAGGACUGUAGCUUGCUGGCUUCAGGCACCUAUUAUCUUACUGAAGUUGACUCUAUGUACCGGAGAUUCUAUGCCAAGAAGCCUGGGGAUGGCGACAACACUGAU